UACCCCUAGGUGACGAUGUCGGCUAAUCUCGAGGCUCUCGACAAGGAAGCGCAGGUGCUUCGCGCCGCCGUUGAUGGCAAGCAAGUGGACGAGGCCACUAAGCUCCUCGCACAGCUCAAGACGGCACUAACGACGUUACCAGCGCUACCUCCCUGCGGCGUUGACUCUCCAACUGCUAAGCAGGAGCUCCAGCUUGCGCGUCACGUUUUGGAGAGCGCCACUUUGCUGAGCAUCCUCCGCGAGGACAUGACAGCCUUCGAGCGUAGUAUGAUCCAGCUCAAGGUCUACUUUAACAGCGGACUGGAGCCGUCGCCUCUGCACUAUCCGAUCCUGGGCACGAGGCUGCUGCAGUUGCUAGUGGAGAACCGCAUGGCCGAGUUCCACAACGAGCUGGAGCUGCUCCCCGAGCAGAGUCGCCAGGACCCGAACAUCGCCUUCGCCGUAAAGCUGGAGCAAUAUCUGAUGGAAGGAACGUACAACAAGGUGCUGGAGUCGCGCACCAAUGUGCCCAACGCGUACUUCCCCUUCUUCCUCUCACAUUUGCUGCAGACGGUGCGUGAGAACAUCGCCGACUGCGCGGAGGUGGCCUACCAGUGUCUCUCACUCACAGACGCGCAGAAGAUGCUCAUCUUCGACUCGGCUGCUGAGUUGAGCGCGUACAUUAAGGAGGAGAAGACCGAGUGGGUCGUACGCGAAGGUCGCGUGUGGUUCAAGGCACCAGAGAAAUCUCUCGGCGCCUCGGACAUUCCUUCGUUGAGACUAGUGGGCGAGACGCUUGCGUACGCGACGGAACUGGACCGUAUCGUAUAAAGAAGCACAGAGCACGGCAACAACAAGUGUGUCCCUCCUCUGCCUACUUACCAGCCGUGUCCAAAGCCGCAAACACCGGCGUCAAUUACUCACAAGACUUUGAUUCAUUUUCAUUUUGUACUUGUUCACUUUUGGUGACGCAGCUCUCCCGCCACUGCUGCUAGUGAUAGAUAUACUGCUUGACGACUUUCGUCUCUCGGCGCUUCUUGGCAGCAGGCGCCCCCAGCACCUUGUCCAGCCACACUUGCGUCUUGCUUGGGAGCGUCGACCGCGAUUCCCACACGGCGCUCUCCUGGUUGAUCCACUGGAUCAUGUACAGCACUUCUCUCUGUUGCGUCGUCACGUUGAUCACCUCUCGGCGUUCAUGCGCCACCUUGAUCUGGUACUGACACGCUCGCUUGGCACGUUCGCGCUCUCGGAACAUCUCAAUGAGGCGCUGCGGGAUGUUCUCCUCCGGCUCCCACGUGAGCUCGUUGUAGCCAUCCCACUUGACGAGGUACAGA